AUGCAGCCAGGAAUUCCGGCCCGUCACUGCAUCGACUACGAGCAAACAAUAAAAACGGAGCCGGACAAACGGGCUAUUUUGAAUAAAAUAAAUAACAGGAGAAAUAAAGUGGCUAUGGGCGAAAUUAGGUCUUUUGCAUCUGCUGCGAACAUGAUGAAAUUGGAAUGGAGCAAGACUUUGGAAUUAGCUGCACAAAGAUGGGCAGACCAAUGUGCAGGACCCGGCGUGCCUGAUGUCAAAGACGAUUGUUUGGAUAUAGGUGACCUGCCUGAAGGACAAAAUAUAGCCACGAUAUACGGCGAGGCUCCCGGCUUAUCACCGUUAGUGCUAGUCGACGUCUGGUAUAUGGAACUUCUACAUAUGAAUUCUUCUAUUAUGUCGCAAUAUAUACCAUCCUAUGAAGCUGCGUUAUCCCAUUAUGACUAUUUUACUCAGCUCGUCUGGGCCGAAUCGAGUUAUGUGGGCUGCGGCGGUGUUAAAUUCAAAGAAUUGAAGGAUGACAAAAGGACUUACAGAACAGUUAAUAGACUUGUAUGCAAUUUCUCUCCCGGUGGAAAUCGAUAUCACAAACCCGUUUAUGUGAAUGGAGAACCGUGCACUUCAUGUCCCGAUGGGAGUAGCUGUGAUGUUGAAUAUAAUGGGUUGUGCAAAAAACACCAAUCAAGUGAAAUUCCAAUUUCAGAAGAAAUUCAAAAUAUGAUUGAAUAUAAUAACACUUUUACGGAGAAUAAUAGUUCUGAACCUUUACCAGUAUUUGAGUCUGUGGAAAUUGCCAAUGACUCCAAUGAUGAAGAAAACUUUAUGCCUUAUAACUAUUUUACCAGCUUUGACAAAACAACUAAAGAGCCCGUUACUACUUCAUCGAUUUUUGGUAAACAGUGCAAAGAUAUGGGUGUUGAUGAUUUUCUUGAACUUCUGAAAAAUAAAUUAAGCAGUGACCCAAUGUUCAAAGAUCUCGCUACAAAAACAUAUUCCCAGGUAGGGGAUAUCACUAAUACAGACCCAAAUGUUGCUGCUUUUGUUAGUAAAGUUUACAGUAAAAAAGUUCCUGCAACAACAACUAAGCCCACUGAAAAUGAGUAUAUUAAUUCAACAUUACUUGUGGAUUUAGUAGAAGCAGUUAUAUUUCGAAGUGGAGAUAAAAUUUCAACAAUUGUAGAAACAGAAUCGUAUUUUAAUACACCAAUCGUCGAAGUUAAUCCUAUUAAGAUAAAAGCAGAGCUUUCUGAAAUCAAGACGAAUCAAGAUUUUACUGGCCAUUACUUUUUUCCUGAAGACGAUGAUGAAAAUGAAGAUAUUAAAACCGAAAUAACUGAAGCCACUGAAUCAUAUGAUGAUUUGACAAGUUUUUCAAUAUCUGAUGUGGUCUUGGAAAUAGAGGACUUUAAACGUGUAAAAACGACAAGAGAUUUCUUAGAAGAGAUACUAGAAUCAGAAUCUGCCAGUGAAAGUAUGCCCACAUCUACGACCACGUUGUAAGACGGAAACGCAGGGAUAUCUUAAUAAAUAAAAAACAACACUUUUACACAGGAGAUCGUAUGAAUACAAUUUUCAAAAAUCUAGUUAAACGUCAUGGGACUACGGUUUGUGAUCAGGGUACAUGUCA